AUGCGUCACGACUUACACCUGUGUCGGUUGCAAGAACAACGUGCUACCGAAGAGGCCGAUCGCCUCGUUCGUGCCCAGAUUCGGGAGCGAAGAUAUCAGUUGGUCAGAGCUCAUAACUACUAUCGACAAUUUGUGCAAGAGUUUCGCAGAAAGAAAAUCGCCAAGGUCGUUGAGGAAGAGCAGGUGUUCCGUCGAUUUUUUGAGCAAAUGUUGAUGCAAGAGAAGGAGUACUUGAGGGAGCUACAAAAAUGGGAACAUGAUGAUAGACAAGCUAAAAUCUCGUUGUUUGAGCAAAAGCUUUCUGGAUUGGAGCAUUGUCAACAAAUUCGUAUGUCCCUCAUGAAGGAGAAGCUCAAAGAGGAACACGACCGGCGAGUAGCCGCUGCACGUCAGGAGCGAUUGCUACUUGCCCAACGGAAGCGCGAGUUACGAAAACUUUUGGAGAUGCGUAUACGUGAGAUGCAGCAGUGUCUGCUGUCCAGUCAUGAUAGUGCUUACUUCAGGGAACGAGAUGGGGAACGCUCGGUUCUACAUUCCAGCGGCUUUGUCUACUAGCGUUCCGGAUCUGUUGUGCCCCUCGUUUUGAGGUGUUGUAUUAGCCCAUCACCAUAUCAGUCAACCUCUUUUCUUUGCUCAAUUGUCCCUUCCCUUCUGCUCAGUGCUUCGGCAGCUUGUGCUUGUAACGUAUUUUUGAGUUCACUUACCUCACGUGUGAAGCGAGUCCGGAUUGUCUCGUGAGUACGUCUGCCGACUACGCUGUUCGUUUACUUGCAAUCAACACCUUGAGAAAACAAGACGACAUCAUUUCGUGCUCUCUUAUCACAUGCAAACCGGA